UGGGGACUCUAUUCCAAUGGUUAACAACUCUUUCUGUAAAGAAAUUUUCUCUGGUAUCCAACCUAAACUUACCCUGGAGCAACUUGUUCAUCCACUUCCUCACAACCAGUGGUGAGCAAAGAGCUCCUUGUUUCCUUAGAUCAUCAACUGAAGUUGAAGUGAAUUGAAACAGGGAAUAAGAACUGCACUUUCCUCCUAAAUGAUGCAAUGUUACAGAACACUGAAUGGUCACUGCCUUCCAUCUUGGAGACACAUGUAUUCUACUGUCCUCUAUCAGAUCUUGAAUCAUCCCACCUCAAAACAUUUUGGGUCACUGUGUUUAAAGCCAUAAAUGCGCUUAUCUUUCAAGCCCCCACUUAGAGUUCUAUCAGCUGUAGUUCAUCUGUCCUGCAACAAAGCAUGCAGUUUGCCUCCCACUUGCUGUCUCUGUGGGUAAGCCAAUGGAGCUGUGUGAUCAAAACCCUCCUUUAUCCUUUGCAAGAAGAAGUGUUCUGCCCUAGUCUAAGUGACAAAGUCAAGCAGAGAGAUUACUGCCAGUUCAGGUUCUGGUGACAUUUAGUACCAAUGGCUGGACUCUGCACUGCCAACAAAGCAAAAUGGGAUUUCUGCAGGUCUCGCAUACAUGACACAGAGAGGCAAGCAAAACUCUCUGAUUCUUUUCGUCUAAUUUUUCUUCACUAGGAGAAAGUUGCAUUGAAGUAAACAAACAAAAGGGCUAUUCACAUUUAACAUUGCUUCUCCCCUUCUCCCACAGAUAACAAAGUGCAUCUAAAUGGCUUCUACUAUGGCCUUAGCAAACUAAUGAUGAAAAGGAGGAGACUGUGGGAUUAUUUGUUUCAUCUUCCCUGGAUGAUGGACGGAGAGAUAUUCACUGCCACUUUGGUGCCAUCUGGGAACGUGACACCAGAUUCUAGCAUGACCCUGGAACAGAAAACAACCUUUGCCUUUGUGAUUUUAUUAUUUAUUUUCUUGGGAAUCCUCAUCAUCCGCUGCUUCCGAAUUCUCCUUGACCCCUACCGGAGUAUGCCAACCUCAACCUGGGCUGAUGGACUUGAUGGGCUGGAGAAAGGCCAGUUUGAUUACACUCUUGCUUAGAGACUGAGAAUUAUGGAGGGUUAUUUAGCACAGCGUUAACAAAAUACAAUUUCUGGAAUGUCUUGUUUGUUUUGCUUUUGUGUUUCAUUAUGUCAAAUGUUAGGAAUUACAACAUACAAACGUGCACAAAAAAUGGAUUUAUUUUUUUAAAAUUAAAUCUCAAAGGAAUUUAACUUUUUGAAAGUACAGUGUGUAGUAUAUGUGAUCUCAUAUAACUGAAGCAAGUGUUUUAUCAUUAUGUAUUAUCAUUAACAAAAUGCUGUGGUGUCAGGUGUCUUACAAAUGCUGUAAAAAUGUGAUUUUAUGAUCUAUAUAUAGUAAAUAAACUUUAC